GACUUUCAAGAUAGUGAUUACGAACGAAUCUGUCAUUAACCAAAUCCAAGGAGGAGGAGGAGGAGGAGGAGAAAGAGUUUUGAAUCGAAAUAUGGCUGGGAGAGCGUCGAUCCCUGCUCGCAACUCUGCCCUCAUCGCCAUGAUCGCCGAUGAGGACACCGUUGUUGGGUUCUUGAUGGCUGGAGUUGGUAAUGUUGACAUCAGGAGGAAGACUAAUUACCUCAUCGUCGACUCAAAGACAACUGUGAGGCAAAUUGAGGAUGCUUUCAAGGAAUUCUCAUCAAGAGAUGAUAUUGCUAUCAUCCUCAUCAGCCAAUAUGUUGCCAAUAUGAUCAGGUUCUUGGUGGAUAGCUACAACAAGCCAGUUCCUGCAAUCCUGGAGAUCCCUUCCAAGGACCAUCCUUAUGAUCCUGCUCAUGACUCUGUUCUCUCCCGUGUCAAGUACCUCUUCUCUGCUGAAUCUGUGUCACAGCGUUAAAACAUUUACACAUUCUGCAAAGCUCGCCUGAGCUUUUAUAUCAUUUGACAUUCUUGUAUUUCUCAGUUUUCAAUAAUGUGUAUCUCUUGCUUUUUGUUUGGAAAUGGAUGUUAUAUCAGUAAGAAGCAAUGAUAACACCAUCUGGUUCUUUUUGCAUUGAAUAAAGAGAGUGAGUCAUUGUGUAUUCAAGAGACAAGAGCAGACUUUAAAGAUUUAAGUGAAGACUCCAUC